AUGACAAGAACAAACCUGACUGUAGCUGAUAUGACAAGAACAAACCUGACUGUAGCUGACAUGACAAGAACAAACCUGACUGUAGCUGACAUGAUAAGAACAAACCUGACUGUAGCUGAGAUGACAAGAACAAACCUGACUGUAGCUGAGAUGACAAGAACAAAACUGACUGUAGCUGAGAUGACAAGAACAAACCUGACUGUAGCUGAGAUGACAGGAACAAACCUGACUGUAGCUGAGAUGACAGGAACAAACCUGACUGUAGCUGAGAUGACAAGAACAAAACUGACUGUAGCUGAGAUGACAAGAACAAACCUGACUGUAGCUGAGAUGACAGGAACAAACCUGACUGUAGCUGAUAUGACAAGAGCAAACCUGACUGUAGCUGAGAUGACAAUAACAAACCUGACUGUAGCUGACAUGACAAGAACAAACCUGACUGUAGCUGACAUGACAAGAACAAACCUGACUGUAGCUGACAUGACAAGAACAAACCUGACUGUAGCUGACAUGACAAGAAUAAACCUGACUGUAGCUGACAUGACAAGAACAAACCUGACUGUAGCUGACAUGACAAGAGGAAACCUGACUGUAGCUGACUUGACAAGAACAAACCUGACUGUCGCUGACAAGACAAGAACAAAACUAACUUUAGCUAUUAUGAUUGCGCCUUAUGUUGAGAAGACAACUGACAAAUGUACACACAGUUGUAGUAUUCAAAUGACUGAGCUAUAG